UAUGCGCCAAACUACAUCAUGUGGAAUAGCGGCGUGAUGAGAUAGUUAGUGUAGUUUUCGUGUGACUGGCUGUGUGCAUAUCCGGGCUGUUUAGUACAAAAAAAAUCUUCUUUAAAAACAGAAAAGAAGUGUUUGUGGUCAGUAAAUGCGGCUCGUGAACUCUGCUGAGCAAGCUAACAUCACCCAGCUGACACAGCGACAUCAGUCAUCUAUUCACAGAUGGCUGAUGACAGCGUGAAAAACGAGGCUUCUGCUCAGCAGGGGAAUGAAAACGAAGAUAAAAAUGACGAAGGCGGUGAUGGAGAAGUUGAAACCCUGUCCAAGAGGCAGAGGAAGAAGCUUCUGAAGCAGCAGAAGUGGGAGGAAGAGAGGGAGCAGCGAAAGCAGAGAAGAAAGGAGAGGAAGCUGCAGCAUCGACAGGAGAGGCAGAAUCAGCGGGAUCAGGAGGGAAGAGAUGGCCAGAGUUCCAGGAAACGUCCACGUCGAGAGGUGACGCCCAGCGCUCUGCGGCUGGUGGUGGACUGCAGCUUCGAUGACCUCAUGCUUAUCAAGGAUGUCCGGAAGCUUCACAAACAGAUCCAGCGGUGCUAUGCUGAGAACAGACGAGCCUCUCAUCCGGUUCAGUUUUAUCUAACGAGCCUGGGAGGACAGCUGAGACAGAGCAUGGACGAAAAGGACAGAGGAUGGGUCAACUGGAAGGACAUCUUCAUAAAAACAGAGCAUUACAGCCAAGUUGUAGCCAAGGAGGAGCUGGUGUACCUGACCUCCGACUCCCCCAACGUGCUGCAGGAGCUGGACCAAAACAAGGCCUAUGUGAUCGGAGGCCUGGUGGACCACAACCACCACAAGGGAAUUACGUUUGAGCGGGCGAAGGAGCUGGGAAUCGAACAUGCACAGCUUCCUCUGAGCAGCUUUGUCAAAAUGAACAGUCGGAAGGUUCUGGCAGUCAACCAUGUGUUUGAGAUCAUCCUGGCAUAUCUGGAGAAGGGCAGCUGGCAGGAGGCCUUCUUCACCGUCCUCCCGCAGAGAAAAGGAGCCAUGGCCCUACACCAGGAAGGAGCAAACACUCAGGAUAAACAAGGCUCCAGUUCUGACUCUGAUCCCGAAUCAACGGAGCAAACCGGAGCUGAAAACGCUGGACAAAAGGACAACUCCAAAUGAAAAUGUUGAUUUUUCUUUCUUUUUUUAUUCCAGCAGAAGUUUCUGUUAAAUAUUUGUUUUUUCUUCUAGAUAUUUAUUCAAGUUUUAUAUUGCUCCAGUGGGGGUGUGUUAUGGUUUACUGCAGGUUUUGAUCUCAGCGUGAUACCGUUUAAUUUUUUAUCCUUAUUUUUGCUUUGGACCUGGAGGCUGAAGUUGUCAGAAGUGUGCCAAAUGGAACGACCUAAAAGAUUUCAAACAGCAUAAAGGUGAAGCCUGAACGUGUUUAUUCCCA